ACGUUGGCUAAUGCACAAACCGUACCAGAGCCAAAAACUAAAGAAAAAAAGUAUAAUAUCUAUGAUGAAAACGAAGCUCGAAAAUUUAGCCUUAAAAUUUGAGUAAUGUAAAGUGCUUGAAGUUAUUUGUAAGGGAAAUUAUCCUAAAAUGUUGCUAACAGUUGGAAUUUUAAUAACAUUUUUAGUACUGGUCUUAUCAUUAGUUUUAUAUUUAACGAUAGAAAAAAAAGUUAGUUACAAGGACUUGUUGAAUAAACAUGUUCUAAUUACCGGUGGAUCUAGUGGAAUUGGAAAAUCCGCUGCUAUUGAAGCUGCAAGACGUGGAGCUCAUGUCUCUAUCAUCGGUCGAGACGAAAAUAAACUUAAGUCAGCUGUGGAAGAAAUAACUUCACAGUGUUUAGAUAAGUCUGUUCAAUCCAUUCAAUAUGCAGUUCUGGAUGUUACAUCUGACUAUUUCGUUAUAGAAAAAGCGAUAAAUUCGUUAGAGGACAAUGUAGGACCAAUAUUUAUGUUGGUAAACUGCGCCGGCAUGUGUAUAUGUGGUAAAUUUGAACAAAUGAAGGUAGAGGAUAUAAAACAGAUGAUUGACUUGAAUUAUUUUGGCAGUGCGUAUAUGACAAAAUGUGUUUUGCCGGGCAUGAAGAAAAAAAAAGAAGGAUUGAUCGUAUUUGUAUGUUCAGAAGCAGCUUUAAUAGGCAUUUAUGGAUACACAGCAUACAGUGCUGGAAAAUGGGCUGUGCGAGGUUUAGCUGAGGCCCUGAGUAUGGAGUUAAUUGGAACUGGUGUCCGAGUAAUGAUAUCAUAUCCUCCUGAUACAGACACCCCGGGUUUUAAGAAUGAAGAUCUUACAAAGCCUUUAGAAACCAAACUUAUAUCAGGCUCUGCUGGUCUACUUUCUCCAGAUGUAGUUGGAAAGCAAAUGAUAGAUGAUGCAUUGAAUGGGAAAAUGUAUUCCGUGUAUACUACAUCUGGAUCAAUGUUAACAACACUGUUUGGUGGUUCAAUUGAUAGUGUACGUCAAAUUUUACUACAAGUGUUUUCAAUGGGAGUUUUACGUGCAGUUAUGGUAGGGGUUCUAUUGUCAUUUCAUAAAAUUGUGCGAGACAAUUUAAAGUUGCAAAACAAUAGCAAAAACAAAUAAAUAUUUAUCUGUGUAAUUCUAAGAUAAUUAUAUAUUUUAUGUGAAAAAAUGUAUGAAUAAUUAAUUCCGUAAGGAAAAAUACAUAUUUAAGGAAAGAAAAAUACAUAUUUGAUUGCUAAUAUUAUACAGGGUGUUCCACAAAGGGUAUAAUAUAUAUCAAGCAAUAAAAAGCUGCCGAUAUGACGAAGUUUUUCUUUUUUAUAUUUUUACAUUUUUGAUACUGCAGCAUGUUUUGGCUUAAGCCCUUUUUGGGACAUCCUGUAAUUUUUGUUAUAUUAAUCAUAGUUACUCAAAAUGCUGUUACUACUUUAUACUAAAAACAAAAAUCGGACAGUAUUUAAAGCCCAGAAAAGUAUUUGGUAGACAGUAUUUCCUAUUUGUACUAAGUACUAUUUCCAGGGGCUAGUAUUUUCCUAUACAAUUGCGAGUGUAACCGCAGGUGAAAACUAGUUGUAUAAUAUUUUUUGUAGGAGAAAAAAAAAUUGAAACAAAAAGAUGAAGAAAAACAAUUUAAAAAUAGCUUUUAAACACUUUUAGCCCAAUUAUUAGUCUGAUUUGAAGAUCUUCAAAGUAAAAUAAACACAUGUUCGUUAACUUAUUCAACACAAAUCGUAUCCAAGUAUCUAGUACUCCAGUGUGCUUAGUGCGAGUUUUUUAACGUUCUCGAUAGCGUAAAAGUUAACUUAAAUUUGUAUGCAGUUGGAACAGCGCCCCUAGCGGCAAACGUAGGAGAACGUAAAAAAACUCGUACCAAGCACACCUGAGUUUAUUUUUAAAGUUAUCGUACAUAAUGUAAUAUUUGAUUGAAUUGAACAUAUUUUCACGAAAUAAAACAAAAAAAAAGUUGUAAACGAA